AGGAGCCUCUUGGCCUCGGCGGGCUUCGCCGCGCUCCUCUCGCGGCAGUUCAUCGCCGCCUGGGCACAGGGGCCGCAGAAGAUUCCGGUUCCGAAGUGGUUGAACGAUGAGGGCCAGGAGGUGUUCAACGACAUCGAAGCGGAGGAGAACUAUUUCGGCAACGUGGCCUGCGAACACCGGGAAAAGCUUCUGAAGCUGAUGAGUCAGCAAUCUGCAAACGCUGGCAAGGAUGCUCCCGAAUACCGGGCGCGCACCCUGCUGGGCAUCGCUCUGUGCGAGUACAGGAAAGGCAAUUUCGCAAUGUCUUUGAAAAGAUGGGAGAGCACGAUCUCAGAGCUCAACAUGCCUAGCGAGGACGUCAUGAUGCAGAAUCCCAGCACGGCUCCGAUAGGCCUCAUGAAGCAGGCGGCCGCAGCCAUGACCAAGAUGGAGGUCUACCAGGCGGGCACCGCCCUCAGACGAGCCGGGGAGAUCAUGGACCGCAACCUCAGGAAAACCUUGAAGUCCAUUCACAAGCAGUUCUCCCAGCAGGGCAAGGC